AUGGAGAUGGCGAGCGCGAGGAGUAGGCCGGCGGCGAGGGCGAGGCAGGCGAGCGACCAGAUCGUGGCGUGGGCCGCCUGCGUGCUCGUCUCCGCGCUCUCGCUCCUCCUCCUCGUCGCCGUCUCCUCCGGCUUCGGCGCCGCGAGGCUCACCGGCGAGAUCAGCGUGCUCCGUGACGACGACGACGAGCGGCGCCCGCUGUACGAGCCGCGGCGGUGCCCGUUCGUCGACGAGGGGUUCCGGUGCCGGGAGAACGGCCGGCCGGACGACGCGUUCGCCAAGUGGAGGUGGCAGCCUCGCCAUUGCACUCUCCCAAGAUUUGACGCGAAGAAUUUGCUCGAGACGCUCCGAAACCGGCGGCUGGUGUUCGUCGGCGACUCGAUCGGCCGCAACCAGUGGGAGUCGAUGCUAUGCAUGCUCGCCACGGCCGUCGCCUUCGCCGGCGACGGCGACGGCGACAAGGCGGCGUCGAUCUACGAGGUGAACGGGAGCCCCAUCACCAAGCACGAGGGCGCGCUCUCCUUCCGGUUCCGCGACUACAACUGCACCGUCGAGCACUACCGGUCGCCGUACCUCGUCCGGCGCGGCCGCCCCCCGCCGCGCCGCGCGCACAGGGGCGCCGCGUGCUCCACGCUGCAGCUCGACGCCAUGGACGCGAGGGCUCACCGGUGGAAGGACGCCGACGUCGUCGUGUUCAACACCGGCCACUGGUGGAGCCGUGAGAGGCUUCUGCAACUGUACGUUACAAAUAUUUUCUUUAGUAUAAGGCCGACUAACCUUGUCAUGCCAGACGCUGCAAUUUCCAGGUAG